AUGCCAAGCGAAGUAGACGAACGCCUUGCAGCCGCCUGUGUUACCGGCGAUGAGGGCCUUGUGGAGAUGAAUCAAGAGCAGCUACAUGCAUUGCAGCAGGCGUUUGUGCAGCUGUGCAAAGACUAUGUGCUCAUGGACACCAGCGGGAUGAAGAUGUCGAUGCUGUACAGCGAGCUGAACAACGGCCCUGACUACGAGCUCUUCGACCGAAAGACGCGCCGCCGCCGCCACUGGCUUGCAAUUCGGCAUCGCUACGAGGAUAUCAGGGAGCUCCUGUGGCCCUCGGACGCCGCGGCGGAUGGUGAGAAUGCAUCAGUUGCAUCGGUAGGAGACAGCGAACCUCAUCAGCAUUCUCCGCCGGCAGCCGAAUCGCUGCCGGUGUUGCCUCUCGCGGACAUGAUGGAGGCGUUGACAUGGUUGGAGGCGGCCUCGUCGUUUGCCAUUCGGAAGCACCGCCCCUUCGACACCGCCGACGCUGCGGAGUUUAGGCCGUUGGACCUGUCUAGAGAGGUCCGCAUCGUGGCCUCGUGUCUCAGGGCUGCUGGUUCGUCCAGCUUCCUUCACCGCGUUGCACAUGGGACGGCGGGUCAGCUAAGUGAAGACGCGACGCACGCGAUGGCUGAUCGCCUUAUAUCGCUCGGCGCGUUGUGCGCCAACCACGGCGUGCCCUUGUCGGUUGCCUUCGUCUCAUCAACAUCGACCUCGUGCGAUGCGGUAACCUCAUCAGGUAGCGCUUCUGUCGGCUCUGUGCAGGCGUGGCUCUCCUCGAUCCCUGUGCUGUCUCGUGUGAAGGACGCCGUUCGGGUGAUGGGAGUCAUGCAGACCUGCAUGCAAGACAUGGACAACAUCGCGGCCGCUGAGCUGUUGCGCUUCAGCAACGCGGAUGGCGCCGGUGUGCGAGAGGCUCUGCUUGACGCGUUGUGCCGGGUUGUGCCUGCCUCUCUCUUUUCCGAUGCCGUCGCCCUCGAGAAUGUGGAUGAAGUAGACUUGUGCAUCAUGCUACGAUUCUGUACUGAGAUACAGGAGCAGAAUGCCGCCUUCUUUCAAGUGACGGGCGGCACCGAGAGGACACCCCAAUCGGAACGCGCGGCGGCGACUGAGGGUCGACGAGUACUGCAGCACUUCACGCAACUGGUGCUCACGCGGUGUCGCCGCCUCCUGCAAGGCCACAAUGGCUCGCCAGUCACCCUCUUAAGCGGUGACGCGGAGAACAUUCCGUUGGUCGACUUACAAUCGUUUGCCGAUCACAACCACCCAGAGGUGCGUGUGCAUCAUAAGAUAGGCCGUGUGAACGCGCAAGGACUUCGGCAUGCUCGCCUGCAGUCCACGGCAUCCACGACGCUGGCAGAGCUACUGAGUCGGCUGGAGAGCGCCAAUCAGCGAAUGGCAUCAGGCGCACAGAAGCUCCGAUGCGACCUUCUCCGGCACCUUGCCCAAAAGGCAGCCCUCGGAAAAAGCAAGCUAACACUCGAGGACGUGACGCGUGCGUUGCCGCUGUUGGCCGAGCUGAUGCACAAGACAUCGGAGAAGCAGGUCAAGUCUACCUAUGAUCGUCUGCUGACGGCGAUGUCAAUCACAAUAAGUGUCGCGCUGCAACAGCCGCAGAAACCAGCGUGCGUUCUCGCUCUCCUCGAGGGCCUCGCCCGCUGCCACUACACGCCGAGCUCCUACAAACUGUUGGAAAUGGUCAUGCUCCGGAUGAUGAUGUGUGGCUCUUUCACACUCCGUGAGACCGGUCGCUGUCUCACCGCCAUGCUGCAAGUGGUUGGCCCAAAGAAUGUUUCCCAGUCUUUGCAGCAGGCCAUCGCCAUGCGUGUGGCGACUGCGGUCGAUGAAAAGUCUGACAACACCGUGGAAGAUGUGCUGGCGGUACUUCGGGCGCUGCGCUUUAGCUGUUAUUCGUCGUUUGCUUCUCUUACGUGCUUCGUGUCGAGGUCACCGCUCAUGGAGAGCACAGUGAGUUGGCAGCCAUCGGAGCGCGUGCGCUAUGCUGUGUUGCUGGCUGCCGCAGCUGUUGCGCCCGAGACAGCGACGGACUCUGAGCUGGCCAUUGGUCUGGCCACCACCGCACGUGAGCAGCUUCUGCUUGGCCUCUCUCCGACGAACCCGCUUUCCGAUGUCCCAUCACUGUCUCCAGCGUGUGUUGAGGAGGACGCAUAUCAGGAAUGUGUCGCAGCUUGCGCCGCGCUACAGGUGAGACCUACACCCUCUGUGCUAGCGGCGUGGGCGCAUGCAGAAGUGGACUUGCGUCGCGUGCAUUCUUUGUGUACUCCAAAGCUCGCAGUGAGCACAAUGGAGGCACUUGAAGCAAUGGGACUUGCCCCAUCUCGGUGGUACAGUGCAUACAGCGACUACUUGGUGGACGUACUGGAGCAGAUGCAGCGCGGCGACGACGAAGGGCAGCGACUGCCACUGCUUGAGGACGACGCAGAGACAACGGCAAGGUGCUUGUAUCUCCAGCGCGCCCCCGAGAGCGUGAUCAGGCUUGCCUCAGCGCUGCUGGAGGGCGAAGUGGAUCAUCUUGAUCGAAUACUCACCAGCGGUGCCGUAGUUCCCCGCGGCGCCGGAUGUUCGCCUGUGUGGACAUUUCAGCAAAGGUCGCUCGAGCGGCAGACAACCGAAGAUGAGGCGGAGGCUCGUCUUCUACGAUACUGCACGGCGCUGCAGCAGGCAUCUGGAGAGGGGUUGAGCACCGGAUCUGCAGAGGUGUAG